AAGGAGGGAAUCAGGGAGGCGAUCAAAGGGUUCUGGGAAGAAGUAGGUGAGGUAGGUGAGAUGUUUAGUGUGAGAGAAGGAUGUGUAACACUGGAAAGGAAGAAUGCAGAUGAACUGGAUGAAAGAAUCAGUAGGGAGGAAGUGGAGAGGUGUGUGAGAAGGCAGAAGAAUGGCAAGGCAGCAGGUCCAGAUGAUAUACCCUAUGAGUUCUACAAGAAUGGUGGGAAGGUAGUGAUAGACAGAAUGACUGAGUUAUUCAACCGAGUGUGGGAUGAAGAGAGAGUCCCAAGAAAGUGGAAUGAGAGCCGAGUGUGUCUGUUGCAUAAGGGAGGAUUUAAGAGUAAGAAUGAGUUGAAGAACUACAGGCCAAUUGCAUUAGUGAGUACAAUAGGUAAAGUUUUCAAUGCAGUGUUGAAUGAGAGACUGUGUAAAUGGAUUGAGAGAGCUGGAGUGCUGGUGAAGAACAGAAUGGUUUUCGUAGGGAUAGGAGAGCUGAGGACAAUAUGUUUGUGGUGAAUGAAAUGAUUGAGAAGAAAAAGAAGGAUGGGGGUAAAUUGUACCUAGGUUUUCUGGAUAAAGAGAAAGCUUAUGAUACAGUGAACAGAGAAAUGCUAGGUAGAGUCUUAGAAAAGAUUGGAUUGAGUGCAAAGAUAGUUAACAUAGUGCAAAGUAUGUAUGUGGACACAAGAGCUAGAUACAGACUAGGAGACAUAGAAACAGACUGGGUGAAGAGUGAGAGAGGAGUUAGGCAGGGCUGUAUAUUAUCACCAACCCUUUUUAGCCUGUAUACAGAGGAGCUAGCAGCCAGGAUGAGAAGAAUGAAUGUAAGGAUAAGUGUGGUGAAUGAUAAAGUAUGUGUGCUCCUUUAUGCAGAUGACGUAGUUGUUAUGAGUGAAUCGGCAGAUGAGCUUCAAAGUUUGUUGGAUGUAGAGGAUGGCUAUGGUAAAGACUUUGAAGUAAGGUUUAGCAGUGAGAAAAGCAAAGUAAUGAUUGUGAAUAGGUCAGAGGAUGAAAGUAAUGUGGUAUGGAGACUUGGAGAGAAUGAGUUGAGACAGGUGCAAGAAUACAAGUACUUAGGGAUGUGGAUGAGUCCUAGUGGGUGUGCAAAGGCAAAGAGUGAAAAGAUAAGUAUGGUAAACCAGUGGGUAGGUCGAUUGGGAAGCGCGGCAAGGAUGAGAGCAAGUAUGAUGUGUUGAAAGAAGUGUGGAAGAGUGUGGCUGUGCCAUGUAUAAUGUAUGGUAUGGAUGUGAUUGCAUGGAAUGAAAGUGAAAUUGAUAAGUUAGAAGUGGGCCAGAAUAGAGUAGCAAGGAUGGCACUGAGUGCACCGAGGUGCACAGCAGUUGAAGCCUUGAGAGGUGACAUGGGAUGGAGCACCUUUAGAGAAAGACUCACAAAAGCCACACUUAGGUACAAGAUUAGGCUUGAGAGAAUGGAUGAUGCAAGAAUAGCAAGGAAGGUGUACCUGUGGAAUGCAAGUGGAAGCAAAUGGAGGAAGAGAUGCAUGAGAAUGACAGACAGGAAUGGAUUGCAAGUUGUGUGGGCGAUAAGAAUGGCUGGGAGGAAUCAAAAUGAGCGUGAAUGGGUGGUAACAAGAGGAGGCAGAGUGGGAGCCGAAUGGGAUGUGAGAAAAUGGAAGAAUGAGAUAGACAAAGAAGUGAAAUGUGUGGGACUGGAUGAAUGGAAGAAUGAGAUGGAAAGAAAGAAGACCCUGGAAUGGUACAAGGAAAAAGAGGCCCCGAGGUAUGAAAGGUGGUAUGAUGGAAGCCUGGGCGGUGAUCUCUUCCGAGCGAGGGCAGUGUAUGGAUGUGAAUGCAAGGAGUUACAGGUGGUCUGAGUCCCGCAGCAAAGUGUGCCAGAUGUGUGACAUGGGAGAGGAUGAGACGGUGGAACAUGUGGUGCUGGAGUGUGUGAAGUAUGCCAGAGACAGGUAUGAGAUGAUGCAAGUGAUACUGACUGAGUUAGGGCAUGAUAGGAAUGAAAGAGUGAAGACAGGAAAGGAAUGGAUGGUGUUGUUGCUGGGACUGUGUAGAGAGGCGAAUGAAAGGAUGAUUGAGGCGGUGAAAGAGUUUCUGGAGAGAAUGUGGCGUGCCAGGUGUAUGAACAAUUAGGACAGAGGCUGCUGUUCGUUUCUCUUUUUUCCCCCUUCUACAGGAGUUGCCGAUCCAAAGGCCUGGCUCAGGAGUGAUCCUGUGCCACCUAUACCAUCAACAUCAAGAUCAAGAUCGAGUUACUAUGAGUUUGUUUUGGUUACAAGCUGAAUAUCUGGGACACUGGAGGUAUGUCCUCCUGCCAGACCUACUGGUGAAACUUUUUUGAAUGCACUGACAGCCUUAUCUGGGUGCUGGACAGUGCUGAUGGAAACUGCAUAAGAGACUGUCAGGGGGAACUGAAGAAACUGGCGGGAAGUGCAUCCAGAAGCAGUGCAUGUGUGACGGCAUCAAUGGCUGCAGUAGUGGAGAGGAUGAAUUGGUGCAGCUGUGUGGCAUUGUUGAGUGCUGGGAGAAGAAUGGUGGGUGUGAGCACCUCUGCUUCAAAACUCAGAAGCUGUACUACUUCUGCCAGUGCCAGCCAGCUUACAGAUUCAAGAAGUUUAACUGUGAAGACAUUGAUGAGUGUGUGGCACCCAGGUCCUGCUCCCAGUAUUGCACUAACACCACUGGUGGCUUUCACUGCUCCAGUCAGCCUGGCUACUGUUGUGACUCUUCCAACUACACACACUGCAAGGCUGAUUCUGGCAAUCCCUAUCUCAUCUGCCAUAGAUACGACAUUUGGAUCCUGAGACUGAAGGAUGGAGAAGUGACCACCCUUGUCAAGGAUGCCAGGAGAACCACUGCUUUCAACUUCCACUACAAAACCAACCAGAUCAUUUGCUGUGACAACAAGGACAAGAAGAUCAAGAGUGAUAACAAUGAGGAUGCAACAAUGGUGGAUACUCUGCUUGCAGGACUCCUCCCUUUGCCAGUGUUUGGUUCACCCAGCAGCAGCACCAGCAGUAGUCAGAAGAUGGUGAUUGAAGUGUUGAAUCCCCAAGCUGGCAUGAUGCUAGGUGUUGUUCUGGACUCCCUGGUAGUUCUUGACCGUGCUGUUGGACUGCUGGGUGGGCUCUUGAAGUUGCUAUACUAUUGAGCAGGAUGGCAUUGUGCUCCUCCCACAGUAGUAUGACUACAGCAACACCCAGAAUAAAGUGUUGAUUGACCAUGAUGAUUUGUUACUACUAACACCAUAGAGGAGAGGGAAGUGGAGGUGCAGUCCUUUGGAUUGAGCGUACAAAAUAGAGAACAGGCAAGACUACUACUGCAGGUGUGGUCAAAGGGACAGGAGGAGAAGGGUGGAUUCUCAGAGAUGUACCAAAGAAGUAUUGAAGAUUGGCCACAAAUCUUCAUUACUGGUGUAGUGUAUUUUAUAUACCAUUUGUAGGUUAUGUAGACAGAUUUGUAGAUGUAAAGUGGGUUUUUUUUGCAGUACCCUAUUUACACCUGCAAAAGACAGUAAUAUGUAGAAGUUGUGCAUAACAUUGUGACAUGAAUUUACAGUGUAUAUAUGUAUGUAGUACUUAAAAGAAGAAAUUGUAGACCAAGAGAGGAAAGUAACCUUGGGACAUGAUUCCUCUGAUCUUCACUCUUCAUUCCUGUUAACCAUCAUGGUCGUUCAGGUGUUAAGGACCAAAUGACCAGUAUAUUCACUCCAUGCUGAAAUUGACCAAUGAGAUCACAGCUGAAACACGUGAAGAUAAUAUUCCUUGUUACGAGAGGCUGUUUUCAUAAUGAUGGGCUAUAAGCAGCUUGUCGACUAGUCACACCAACCAUUGGUCUGUAGAUGUCUUGUGGCUGUGUCAUGACUGUAGAUUAGUGAGUAGUUCUUAAGGCUAGUAGAUGAGUGUUUCUGUUCCUCUUGCAAGGUGUGACGUCCAUACAAGGACAGCAUUGCAUGUGGCUUUGUGAGGUGGCAAGAAUUGGUGAGCAGAAGAAUCUGUUUUCUGCUGUGUCUCAAGUCUAGAUCACAAAUGUUUUUUUUUUUUUUUUUUUAUCAGGUAAAGCACAAAGGUUUUGUCAAGUGUAUCAUAAGAUGAUGUGACACAUAGGUGACAAAUGUGUCUUUCAAUGCAACACUUAACUUACGUUUCUGGCCAAUGUCUUGUCACGUGCUGCAGGUUUUGUUACCUGUAUUUAUUUUUAUAUCUAGUGAUAUGAUAGCUUGUGAGUGAUACUUCUAUGUUUUUCUAAUGGCAACACCUUAUUUAUUGAUAUAAUAAAAAUGCGAAAUGUG